GGACACAGGAAACGUAUUUUCAGUUUGCGCCUACGUCUUCUUCCCCUUUCCCCUCCAGAGGCGGUGGUUUGCCACCGUCGGCGGCGGCGAUGGGAGACGGCCGCGUCGGAGGUGGGACGAACCGGCCCGCAUGGCUGCAGCAGUACGAGCUAGUGGGGAAGAUUGGCGAGGGAACCUACGGCCUCGUCUUCCUCGCGCGCCUCAAACAAUCGCAUCCCCACGCUGCCGCUGGCGUUAGCCGCCGUGGUCCUCCCAUCGCCAUCAAGAAGUUUAAGCAGUCCAAGGAGGGCGACGGUGUCUCGCCCACCGCCAUCAGAGAGAUCAUGCUUCUGCGUGAGAUCAACCACGAGAAUGUCGUCAAGCUCGUCAAUGUUCACAUCAACCAUGCCGACAUGUCCCUCUACCUCGCCUUCGAUUACGCCGAGCACGACCUCUAUGAGAUUAUCAGGCAUCACAGAGAGAAGCUUAACCUUCCCAUUAAUCCUUACACAGUCAAAUCUUUGCUCUGGCAACUGCUCAAUGGCCUCAACUAUCUUCAUAGCAACUGGAUCAUCCAUCGAGAUCUCAAGCCUUCUAAUAUACUGGUCAUGGGAGAAGGAGAGGAACAUGGAAUUAUAAAGAUCGCUGAUUUUGGACUUGCUAGGAUCUAUCAAGCUCCAUUAAAACCAUUAAGUGAUAACGGGGUUGUUGUGACCAUCUGGUAUCGGGCUCCAGAGUUGUUACUUGGGGCAAAACACUACACAAGUGCUGUUGAUAUGUGGGCAGUUGGUUGCAUUUUUGCUGAAUUGCUUACACUGAAACCACUGUUCCAAGGUGUUGAAGCCAAAGCUACUCCAAACCCGUUUCAACUUGAUCAACUAGACAAGAUUUUUAAGGUCUUAGGUCAUCCUACCGUUGAGAAAUGGCCUACCCUCGCUAAUCUUCCAUGCUGGCAAAACGACCAGCAACACAUUCAAGGGCAUAAGUAUGAGAACACAGGACUACAUAAUAUUGUUCACUUGCCCCAGAAGAGUCCUGCAUUCGAUCUUCUCUCGAAAAUGCUAGAGUAUGAUCCUCGAAAGCGUAUAACCGCUGCACAAGCUUUGGAACAUGAGUACUUCCGAAUGGAUCCUCUGCCUGGACGAAAUGCGCUUUUACCAUCGCAGGCUGGAGAGAAAAUUGUGCAAUAUCCUGUACGCCCAGUUGAUACUACAACUGAUUUUGAAGGAACAACGAGCCUUCAACCAACUCAACCGCCAUCAGGGAAUGCUCCUCCUGGCAGUCAGUCUGUGGUACCGAGAGCCAUUCAAAGACCAAUGCCACAACCAAUGGUCAACAUGCCAAGGAUAAAUGCAAACAUGUCGGGCUUUGGUGCAGCUCCGCAAGCACCAGGCGUGGGUGCGCUGAAUCCUGGUAAUAUUCCAAUGCAGAGAGGUGCUGGUGCCCAAUCUCAUCCGCAUCAGUUGAGAAGGAAGGCUGAUCAAGGGAUGGGAAUGCAGAACCCCGGGUAUCCUACACAGCAGAAGAGACGGUUCUGAAUGACUGACUUUGUUAUGAUGUAUAUCUAUUUAGCGUUACUUGUGAAAACGCUGGUGUUGCCUUUUGUGGUAUUAGUACCUGUACAGUGAAAACCCCUUGCUUGUAUCUUUUCAGUUAUAAUCCUGUAACCUUCAUA